UUUUGCCUUCUACUACCACAAAAUUAGCAUUUCUUCUCACAACCACUAUUGAGUAGCUCCAACUAUUUUAUAUCUUUCAUUUCAUAUACCAUAAUUUGAUUCCUCUUUCACUCUACAACAUCUCCAAUGCCUUCCUUAGUCCAACAGAAGUAUACACCUAAUUUUCACCACCACAUUUGCAAGACCCGCUUGCCCAUUUACUCGGCUCGAGUGUAUUGUUCCUCCACCACCACCACCUCUAAGCCCAAGUCCAAUGUCAAGCAAUUGAUCACUGGACCUCGGCUAGUGCAGCCACCACAAGCGGUGGUUGCCGCUUCUAACCACCGUCCCAUGGACAAUGACCCAAGUUUGCGAUCAACAUGGUCUCAUAGAGCAUGGGUAGCAGCUGGGUGCACAACUUUGCUCAUCUCAUUGGGAGAGUCAAUAAAAGCUGCAAUUGAUAUGCAUUUUUGGGUUGAGCCCAUUUUGGCAGGUUGGGUUGGUUACAUAUUAGCUGAUCUUGGGUCUGGGGUUUACCAUUGGGGCAUUGAUAAUUAUGGAGAUGGCUCAACCCCAAUUGUUGGAGCCCAAAUUGAAGCCUUCCAAGGACACCAUAAGUGGCCAUGGACCAUCACUAGGCGCCAAUUUGCUAACAACAUGCAUGCAUUGGCACGUGCGGUGACAUUCACGGUGCUUCCUAUAGAACUUUUUUGCCAUGACCCUAUUGUCCAAGGAUUUGUUGGGGUGUGCUCUGGUUGCAUUAUGUUUAGUCAACAAUUUCAUGCAUGGGCACAUGGAACGAAGAGCCGGCUUCCGCCACUCGUGGUGGCGUUACAAGAGGCCGGCGUGCUCGUGUCACGGUCACAGCAUGCCGCACACCAUCGGCCACCCUAUAACAAUAAUUAUUGUAUAGUGAGUGGAGUAUGGAAUAAGUUUUUGGAUAAGCAUAAAGUGUUUGAAGCCAUGGAGAUGAUCUUGUAUUUCAAACUACGGGUUAGGCCCAGGUCAUGGAGUGAGCCUGCCUCUGAGUGGAUGGAAGAGAUUGACACCCCUUCUGAAAUCCAGGCCCAAUGAUCUUUGUUAAAUUUUUCUUUUAUUUUUAAACGAUUCAUUGCAUAUAUGUAUCUUAGUAUAUGGUUGUUCUCUUUCCCUCUCUUUUUUUAAUAAUAAAAAAUAAGUAUUUUAUUUAUUUAUUUAUUUUGGUUCAAAAAAGCAUUGUUCACUUGUAGAUAUUACAAGAUUGAUAUAUCUAAUAAUAAGUAGU